CGCAGGAGGGGGAGGCGGGGAAGUAUAGGAGUGGCGGGAUCCUGCAGGAGGGGGAGGGACAGCGCAGUCCUGCACGGAUGCUUAUAUAUUGCGGCGAUGACUGCCUCGCCGCCACAAACUCACGUGCUGUCACCACUCGCUUGUUGCUGUUGUGCUGCAGGAAGUCUGUGAACCAUGAAAACUGCCGCGAGUGCGAGCCGUGCCCUGACGCUGCUGGCCGUGGUGUUGCUGGGGACCACGCUGCUCAUGAACACCGCAGAGGCUCACCGCGGAAGACCUAGGCCUCCUGCGACUUUGAGAGAAAGCUUGGUACGCUGUCUGUGCGAAGUGGUUGACGACGAUUGUGACGGAGAGAUAGACCAGAAUGCCUGCAUCACCUGCUUCGACUCAGAUACUGCAACCUUGGAAGAAAUCUUCGCAUGUCUCGAUACUGCAGGGAUUGAUCGGACUAUCGCUGCAGCGUGCACUGAACGCCAACGCUCUUCAUGCCACUCGUCAGAAGAACGAGGUUAGCAGAAACGGCAGUUUUUGCUGCUGCUCCUGUUGUUGUUCUGGCGAUGCCAGAACAACAUCGUCAAUACAAUCAUGAGGAAACAGACCGAAACGAAACUGAACACGUGUCCCUUCUCCUUUGUCGACAUCUUUAGCUGCACCACCGCCACCACUUCCACCAGACACUGCCCUCCCUGUUGCCUUCAACUCCCGUAUGCCUGCCUGUCCGUCUCGCACCCUGAGCUUCAAUAAAGCCUCACGAAAGU